GGAGGGAGGAGGGGGUUGCUGGCCUCGGUCUUGCAAUUUGUCUGACCUGCUAACAUCAAACGUUAUAUCACACAGGGGUCCAGUCGUCCAACCUGUAUCGGGACGGGGGGGUUAAUAUCGGUCCGAGUUGAAGCGGGUUACACAUGCUAUCUGGACAGUGACAUUGGUAUGACACCGUUGACCUGCGACCAUACACAGUGACAGUGUCAACGGAAUUGUCCUCCGGAAGAAACUGUCAAGACUUGUUUUGGUUCCAUCGUGCUCUUUUACGAGUCGACAGACCUUGACUAAAGUAUGUCUUGCCCAUGCACAUCGGCCGCGAGGAUAUUCUUGAAUUCGGCACAGAGAGGGCUGUCUUGUUCUCGGGUUCAGCUCUAUGCUUUGAGCAGACCUGGUUGGGGUUUUCGUGAAGCUCCUCUACCUCGCAUAGUCCGAGUGAGAUCCUUCCAUGAAACUGCAGUAUGUUUUGCCUCUAAAGAUGGAACGACUAAGGAUGGAUCCGGCGAUGGAGGAAAGAAGAGCAUCAGUGAAGGAAAGAGAUUGGCGGGUUCUUCUGGUGGAUCAGGGAAGGGGGGUAACCAGCUGCACUGUCCCAAAUGUGGAGACCCAUGUACACAUGUGGAGACCUUUGUAUCGUCGACACGUUUUGUGAAGUGUGAGAAAUGCCAUCACUUCUUCGUGGUUCUCUCUGAGACGGACUCUAAGAAGGGCCUGAAUAAAGAAGCAGAGUCGCCCGCUGAGGCUGUCAAAAUGGCCUUCGCACAGAAACCUCCCCCGCCACCCAAAAAGAUCUAUGCCUACCUGGACAAGUACGUAGUGGGUCAGUCCUAUGCAAAGAAAGUGCUGGCGGUAGCUGUGUAUAAUCACUACAAGAGAAUCUACAACAACAUCCCUGCUGGGAGCAGACAGGUGGAGGUGGAGAAACAGGCCUCGCUCACUCCACGAGAACUAGAGACGAGAAGACGGGAGGAUGAGUACAGAUUCACAAAACUCCUUCAAAUAGCAGGGAUCAGUCCCCAUGGCAACGCCCUGGGAGCUUCCAUGCAGCAACAGGCCACUCAGCAGGCUCCUCAGGAGAGGAGGGGCGGAGACGUGUUAGACUCCACACACACCGACAUCAAACUGGAGAAGAGCAACAUCGUGCUGCUAGGCCCCACCGGAUCAGGCAAGACGUUGUUGGCCCAGACCCUGGCCAAGUGUCUAGAUGUACCCUUUGCCAUCUGUGACUGUACCACCCUGACCCAGGCUGGCUACGUGGGGGAGGAUAUCGAGUCUGUUAUCGCCAAGCUGCUGCAGGAUGCAAACUACUCUGUGGAUAAAGCACAGCAAGGCAUAGUGUUUCUUGAUGAGGUGGACAAGAUUGGCAGUGUUCCUGGGAUCCACCAGCUCAGAGACGUAGGAGGAGAGGGUGUACAACAGGGUCUGCUCAAACUCCUGGAGGGCACGAUAGUGAGCGUUCCAGAGAAGAACUCCAGGAAGUUGAGAGGAGAAACGGUGCAGGUGGACACCACUAACAUCCUGUUCGUAGCGUCAGGGGCCUUCAACGGACUCGACAGAAUCGUCAGCAGACGGAAGAAUGAAAAGUACCUGGGCUUUGGCACGCCCUCCAACAUGGGUAAGGGUCGUCGUGCGGCGGCAGCAGCCGACCUGGCUAACAGUAGUGAACAGACCGACAUGGUGGCAGAGAUGGAGGAGAAGGACCGGCUGCUGAAGCUCGUGGAGGCCCGGGACCUCAUUGAGUUUGGGAUGAUCCCGGAGUUUGUCGGGCGUCUGCCUGUGGUGGUACCUCUACACAGUCUGGAUGAAGAGACGCUGGUCCGUAUCCUGACAGAACCACGCAACGCCGUCAUACCACAGUACCAGGCCCUGUUCAGCAUGGACAAGUGUGAACUGAACGUAACGACAGAUGCUCUGAGGGCCAUCGCCAGGCUGGCUCUGGAGAGAAAGACUGGAGCCCGGGGCCUGAGGUCCAUCAUGGAGAAGCUUCUUCUGGAGCCCAUGUUCGAGGUGCCAUGUUCAGACAUCAUGUCUGUGGAGUUAACCAAGGACGUCGUCCUGGGCAAAUCAGAACCACAAUACGGCAGGGCUCCAGCAGAGGAGGACUACGACUCUGGUAUUGAAGAGGAGAACUGGCCCAGACAGGUGGAUGCGGCAGCUAACAACUGAUCGGAUCUCCCUCCCCCUGUCCAGUCAUUCAUUUCAACAACUGUCACAUCUACAAUCAUUUAGAACACCUUCUAGAACAUUUGGAAGCCAACUGUAGGUUCCUGGAAUUCCAGCCCCUGAGCCAUCUAAACAGACCUCCGUCUGGCUCUGUAGACCACAACUAAAACCACACCAUAUACAACCGUAGACCACUACUAAAACCACACCAUAAAACCGUUUCUCUGAGGAAGUGUUUUCAUAAUGAACAACACGGAUUUGAGCUCUAGAAGUACCUUCUUUUUUUUCUUGGUCCUGUGAAUUGGACAGUAGGCUAAUUCUUUAAGUUGUUAGAAAAUGAAAAUGGACCUGCUAUAGUGUAUAUAUUUUAAAAAAAAUGGUUGGGGUAGGUAGUGUAAUUUGUCUGUUCUCUCUCCUCUUGUGUUGUGGUGAUGACCGAUUGAAAUGACAAUGGAAACAAAUACAACAUGACUGGGAUCAUAUUUUACACUUGAAGACUUAACCAGGGCUAAGGAAUGUUCCGGUUUACUAUCAAAUCAAAGUUGAUUUGUCACGUGCGCUGAAUACAACACAAUACAGUGACAUGCUGACUUACAGGCUCUAACCAAUAGUGCAGAAAGGGUAUUAGAUGAUCAAUAGGUAAGUAAAGAAAUAAAACAACAGUAAAAAGACAGGCUAUAUACAGUAGAGAGGCUAUAUACAGUAGAGAGGCUACAUACAGUAGCUGUGAGACGCUGUGUCUAUAAAAGUAGCGAGGCUACAUACAGACACCGGUUAGUCAGGCUGAUUUGAGGUAGUAUGUACAUGUAGAUAUGGUUAUCGUCAAUGUUACAUAACAAUAUACAACUAAUGCCCUGACUGUCACCAGCAGACCGGGGUUCAAAUACUAUUUGAAAUUGUUCACAUGCAUACAUACAUACAUACAUACAUACAUACAUACAUACAUACAUACAUACAUACAUACAUACAUACAUACUUUGGAGUGUUUUCUGUCGCCUGCUUAAGAGUGCCAGGUGGGUGGGAUUUGUACUUUUGGUAAUAUGCUGUUAGUUCCAUUGCAACAGUGAAGUUCAAUUGAGCCCAGCUAAAGUAUUUGAUAUGAUUUCAAGUAGUAUUUGAACCCAGCUCUCUAGAUGUAUGAUAUUCCAUAAUGAGCACAUCAUCAUUGUGAUGUUUUUGUUUCUAUGGAGUUAAAUUGGUGCCAAAAGUUUUCUGUCAGUAAUUUAACUCCGUAUUUCGUCCCAUCUACUAUUUUAACGGAAUUUAUAAUGAACAUAACUGGCCUGUAAAAUUGUCUUGUAUUAAAGCUUCAGUUUAGAAUCCGUUUGUAUCACAGCAACACACCUGUCGUUAGGGGAAACAUCAUAACAGCGUACUACACCCUACUCCAGCACACUAAACAGAGUGGCGAUGUGUUCAAAAUGGCACCCUAUUCGACCAGGACCUCUGGUUAAAAAUAGGGCACUAUAUAAGGAAUAGGCUGCUUUUUCAGACGCUGACCGUUUGACUUUUUAGUGACUUUUUUUCCUUCUUUUUUUUUUACGUUGAGAAUGUUUAUUUCUGCAGUGUUGUAACCCCCCUUCUAGAAACCCACUCUCUAGGGAGUGUAUCUGUCAGCUCUCUUUAACCUCACAGGGUUACCUACUGUUAGAUCGAUAUCAAGCGGGGCAAGGGCUUGAUAUUCAAAAAGGUUUCAGAGUUGCUGACCUAGGAUCAGGUGCUCCCGGUCCAUAUAAUAGUAUUCAUUCUAAUCUAAGAAGGAUAAACUGAUCCUAGAUUCUUACUCUGAUAUUCUUUCUGAAUGUUUUACUUUGCUCUGUCUGGGUCAAGCUUCACCCGCGCCACCUCCCCUGUAGUGAUGCUCCAGUAUGUCGUGUUACUAAAAUGGUCCCUCAAUCACUAGGCACUUCUGCAAUUAAGCCUUUUAACUAUUUCUAUCCACAUUGAACCAUGGCUGUUCUCUGUCGUGUCAUGCUGGUAUGUGCUAUUAUAAUACAAUCACCAUAAUAAUACAAUUGUUUGUGUUCCUUUUAUGCUUCUCUUCUCAACGGUCAAUCAUAAUAACAUGUAAAAAUCUCCAUUUAUUGAUGUGAUUGUUUAAAUAUUAUAAAUAAAAUGUAUAUCUCUGUACAGAA